AUGAAGGCAAGAACAUCAAUUUGGUGCAAAAAGUACUUCAGAAACAGAUCACAGCUCUUUGUACACCAAAGAAUACACAGAGUUGAGAAACCUUUUGAAUGCUCAGAGUGUGGAAAGAGAUUCAGUCGGAGUGACCACCUUCAUCUGCAUCGAAGAACCCACACAGGGGAGAAACCUUUUGAAUGCCCAGAGUGUGGAAAGAGAUUCAGUCAGCGUGGCCAUCUUGUACAGCAUCAGAGAACCCACACAGGGGAGAAAUCUUUUGAAUGCUCAGAGUGUGGAAGGAGAUUCAGACAGAGUGGCAGUCUUCAGAGGCACCAAAGAACCCACACAGGGGAGAAACCUUUUGAAUGCUCAGAGUGUGGGAAAAGAUUCAGUGACGGUGGCAGUCUUCAGAAGCACCAAAGAACCCACACAGGGGAGAAACCUUUUGAAUGCUCAGAGUGUGGGAAAAGAUUCAGUGACGGUGGCCGUCUUCAACGACAUCACAGAACCCACACAGGAGAGAAACCUUUUGAAUGCUCAGAGUGUGGGAAGAGAUUCCGUCAGAAUCGCAGUCUUCAGAGGCACCAAACAAACCACACAGGGGAGAAACCUUUUGAAUGCUCAGAGUGUGGGAAAAGAUUUAGUGACAGUGGUCAUCUUCAACGACAUCGAAGAACCCACACAGGGGAGAAACCUUUUGAAUGCCCAGAGUGUGGAAAGCGAUUCAGUGACAAUGGUAGUCUUCGUAAGCACCAAAGAACCCACACG